ACUUCUGUGGCCUGUGCUGUUUUUUUUUUAGUCUCAAACUCUCAACCUUAGAUCAUAUACAUAAUCUAAGCUCUCAACUCACUGAAGUCUACAGUUCUGUGUGCUGUGUAGUGUGUUCAUACUCACGAUUAAUGACAAUUGAUGAUUGAUGACUGUUGCUCGUUCUCAACUGCUGAUUGCCGACAAUCGACAUGUAAACAUGUUUAUCCUAUAGACUUAUUUAUAUUUUAUUCUAAUAUUGUAUAACUAAAAUAAAUAUAUUUGUAUGAAUUAAUUUAAAAUUUAAAUUGGUAUUGAAAGAACUAUUUAAUAGCUUUGUUCGCUUCUUUUUUUUAGAUUUUUAAAUACUAAAAUGUAUAUUUUUAAUUAUUGUCUUCGGAGUAGAGUUAACUCUUCGAUAUUUUCUUCAGUGAAAAGGUCUUAUACAUUACACUUAAGAACGUCAGUAAUUCACAACAAUCGCAUGCUAUUACCAGUCAAUCGGUUGCCUGGAUAUUUGGUGCCCGAUCGCUGUUUCAUGAAAAAGAUGGGCAUGAAACCCAUUUAUGAAGUGUACAAUAAAAAAGCUGCUCAAGACAGGGUUUCACCAUCAGAGUAUGAACUAAUUUACAAUGGCACUGGCGAGACGUAUGCACGUUGUUUGAGUGGAAUUGUAAUCGCUGCCAUUGUAGUACUGCCAUCAACUUUUAUUAUAGCCUAUUUCUAUAUUUUAUUGACGGAAGGAAAAAUUGAUUUACAAACAUAUUUAGAUAUAUUGCUUAUACCAAACUCAACAUUUGAACUUAUGAUAAUGAUUCCUACGUUGUUUCUUCUUAAAAUAGUAUCAUACAAUUUUAUUUCUAAAUAUGUAUUAAGGAUUUACAGACACAACACAAAGAGACAGUAUGUGGGUGUGUACAUAAAUCCAAUUUUACCAUGGAAAAAUAUAACAUGCACAUUUGAAACAGCUAUUAAAUUGCCGGAUAGUAUAAAUGUUUUCAUUCCUUGGCACAAAGAGUAUUAUCGGCUAGCUGGACACAAGUCAAUUGUCCUAAGAGAAAGAUUCAAAAGGCCUAUAGAUUAUGACAGAAUGCUUGGUUUAGUAAAGGCAUUGGAUGAAUGAUGAAUUAAUACAUUUUAGUAAUUGUGUAAAUGUUAAAGUUUCUGAAAUAAAUGUAUGAUAGAAAAUU